AUUUUAAAGGCUAAGUUGAUCAAAUAAACAAGUACUUCAUCUCUACUCUACCUUCUCCAGCAUAGCAGUUUUUGUAAGCAGAUCAUCUGAUAACGGAAGGUAUUCAUAAAUUUUUUUUUGAAAGUUAGAGUUCAUGCAUAAAGAAAGGAUGUCCAUGAACGAACAGAGGAGGGUCAAAGACUGGAUAGAGCACGGUCUAGAACUAGAAGUGGAUAGUAGUGAGUCUCAGUCUGUGGAGAGUCAACAAGUGAGGAAGUGCACAUGGAGGAUUGAGAAUUUCUCCUGUAUUAAAUGCAAGAAGCUCUACUCUAACACUUUCCAUGUUGGUGGCAACAAAUGGCGACUUCUUGUCUUCCCCAAGGGGAACCCCCAGUGGAACCGAGUGGAUCAUAUUUCAUUUUAUGUAGAUGUUGCGGAUGCAGCAACUUUGCCUUAUGGAUGGAGUAGAUAUGCCCAACUCAGACUAACUGUCGUCAACCAAAUUGAUCGUAAAUAUUCGAUUACAAAAGUUACUGACCAUGAGUUUAAUGCAAAGGAGAAUGAUUGGGGCUUCACUUCAUUCAUGCCUCUCGAUGAAUUACUCGACCCUAAGAGAGGCUAUCUCGUGAAUGAUGCAUGCUUAGUUGAAGCUUACAUUGCCACCGAUAGGACUAUUGAUUUGCUGUCAGAUGCAUUGAUAGUUGAACUUGAAACUGCUUCUGAUAAACUCAAGAGCAAGGAAGCUGAUCAUGGUAAAGCAGCCAUAGACAACCAAAAAACUGCAAUAGCCGAACCAGAGGAAAUCACCACUCGGUCAUCAGCUAUCCUUUCAGCUCCUGCUGUUCUGUCUUCUCCAGGACAAGAUAAGGCAGAAUCUACCAACCAAAAUUUGCCACCUGCAGAUCAGUCUUCUUCCCAGAGUGAGACCAUUGAACCUGAAGACCCUACUGAGGAAGAUAUGGACACAUUCUUUACUAGCUUAGAGUCUGAGCUCGCAAGCGGGAACAUGGUUUCUUCUCAAGAAGAAGCAAAGGAAGCUCUGGUCAACAUAGAUGAAGCCCUGAACAUGGCCCCAGCUAACUUUUAUGAUUCAGGGAUGAUUUCUUCACUUAAGAAGGCUUUCAAGGUCCUAUCUUGUUUUGAUUGUUCCUCUACCUUUACGAUUGAGCAAAAAAAUGAGUUGUUGGCCAUGGAGGAGAACUUUAAACAACUACCUGAGCGAGUGGUGAAAGCAGUGCAGGACAAGAAUCUCCUUACUGAGAAGGAAUCUGUCAAGCUGGCACUUUCUCGUAAUUUAGAGGAUAGUUUAGUCAAAUUUAAAGAGGCCAAGGCAGAGGUGAAACAGGCAGAGCAAAAACUUGCCUCUCUCCAUGAGCAAGUUGUUGAGGCACAAAAGAAUAAAGAGAAUAUCUUGGCUGAGCGGAAGGAAAUUUUCAAAAUUUCCCAGGACUUGAAAGCGCAGCGGGACGCAAUGGGAAAGGAAUGGCCAGAGUAUGCGGCCAAGGCCAAGGUUGCUGAGGAGGAGGAGAAAAGUGUCGAGGCAGAAUGGGGAAGAAUGAAAGACUUCAUCUCUUCUCUCAAAGGAAAGAUUUAAAGGGAACAAAUUAGCUGUUGUAGAAUGGUAUUUUGAGCAAGUCUUUCUAUAAUAUAUUUGGUGGAUGUGCAUGAUGUAAUCGUUUGAACAAGUUCAUAUUUAGCUUAGGAAAUUCCUUGUUUCAUUCUCUCUCUCCUUUCCCUUCAUCAAAUUUUCUUGUUUAAACUCAAUGAAGGGGAGGAUAUCCCA